UGUAGUUCAUGUAUUCAUUUCAUCUAUGUUUCGGUGGUUUAAACGGAUAUAUUAGUGAAAUAAAAAUGAUAUUGCGCUGAAUAUCCCUUUAAUAUAGUUUACUGUUUCGAAAUUUGAGCCCGCUCUCAGGUCGAAAUCAAACUAAUUAACUCGUGAACACCAAAACGAAAUAGUUCACUCGUUGCUAUUCCAUAUGGCGAUCAAACACCGAAACAAACCAUUAUCCUGUAUAUAUUUGAUACGGAGGUGUCUUAUGAUUAGUGAUCUGUAUUGUUUUCUUUUAAAUACAGGUGAUCAAUGACGCGAUCACCGAUUAAUUUGUCUUUUAUAAUUUGUUAAAACGCAUAAAGCGUUGGCCGUGUUUUCAGAUUGUUGGUAUUAUGUUCCACUUUAUUAAAAAACAAAUGUGUUUAAUGGAAAUAUAUUGGAAUUGCCUGAACUAAUUCAGCUGUCUCUUUAGCUGGUAGAAGCUGAAUUCUGUAAGGAUGAAGGUGUUGUUGGCCAGGAGAUCUCUGAAGGCAUGCAUUUGGUUAGUGGGUGUGGUGUCUGUGGCCGUCAUGACGUUUUCAGUUCAUGAUCUUGUACUAAAACACCAACCAAGUGCUCGCUUCGUUUCCGAAAACACACUGGAAGAUGAAGUGCCUACACAUAAGUAUAUUGUUGAACCUGAUUAUAAAGUGAUAGUGAACAAUACCAAAAGUAACUAUACACUAUCUGUGUCGAAAGACAAUAGCAGCGUAUUAGACGGGCGACCAAUAACCCAUGUUGGUUUUCUAAAAGUUCACAAAGCUGCAAGUACGACAACUCAAGCGAUAUUUCUGAGGUUCGGUUGGAGGAGGAAUCUAACGUUUGUCCUACCGCCCGAAUACAACAAGUUUGGAUAUCCUAACAUCAUCAGUCUGAACGAAUCAGUCACGAAAUACAACACCUUGCCUCCGCCUCCGGGAAAAUCAUUUGACAUUCUUUGCCACCACGUGGUUUACGGUAAGCACGAGUGGGGACGAGUUUUACCGAGCUAUUCGGCGAUUGUCGGAACGGUUCGAGAACCUUUCUCGCUUUUUAAGUCCAUAUUGAACUAUUUCCAACCAGGGACGAUACAAAAAAUCGAAAGGUUCGACAAGGACCCUAUUAGAAGAUUUUUAGUAACACCAACUAAAUACGAUUCUAAAAAUCCACGCUUGUCUUUCUUAAACAAUAGACUAGCUUUCGAAUAUGGAGUGGACCCUAAGAUAAUCACUAGUAGGAAUGUAACGGCCUUCAAUGAUUACCUCCACAAUGUUUUGGACAUCCAGUUCAAAGUCGUUAUACUAGCGAAAAGAUUUGACGAAGGUCUAGUGAUGGUAAAAAGAAAAUUGAAUUGGACAUUGAAUGACAUUCUAUAUGCAAUCAAAAACGUUCGUAACGUAAAGAAACCCGACAGGUUUAAAGUCACUGAUGACCUCAAGGAUAUGCACAGAGAGUUUGCAAGGUUUGACUACCUGUUGUAUGAGUUCUUCGAAGCCAAAUUUAUUAGACAGACAUAUGAGGAGGGGCCAUCGUUCCAACGAGAGGUCGAACACUUUAAAAAGACAAGGGAAAUGGUAGAAAAAUAUUGUCAUACAAAGGGUGACAAAAAACCAUUCAAAGUAGCUGAAAGUGAUUUUAACCAAGAGUUUGAAGUAACGAAGUAUGAUUGUGAUUUAAUGCACAAAGGAGAGAUCAUGUUCACACAGAUGAUCCGAAAAGAGCAGUAUAGAUCUGCCACCUGGGGCGUUAAGAAGGCAUCUUGAUGAAAAAAGAAGCCUGUACAAGUAUAAAACACUAUAGUAGCAGUCCAAUAACAAUAGCAGUGCCAAAAUAUAUCACCAAAGUAACCAAACAGAAUACUAGCAUACUCAACAUAGCCAUUCAUUUUACGAUAAGAAAUAAUUACGAAUGUAACCAAAACGGUUCUUAAAAACGUGCCUGUGAAUAUCAUCGAAGUAUAUAGGUUCUGGCAAAGUGUCAUUGCUAAAGACAAUCACCACAGCGGGUCUGGCAAAGUGCCAGUGCCAAAGACAAUCACCGUCGUGGAUCUGGCAAAGUGCUAGUGCUAACGACUAAUACCGUCGUGGAUCUGGCAAAGUGCCAGUGCUAACGACAAUCACCAUAGCGGGUCUGGUAAGGUGCCAGUGCUAACGACUAUUACCGUCGUGGAUCUGGCAAAGUGCUAGUGCUAACGACAAUCACCAUAGCGGGUCUGGCAAGGUGUCAGUGCUUAAGACAAUCACCGUCAUGGAUCUGGCAAAAUGCCAGUGCUAACGAUCAUUUACCGUUUUGGAUCUGGCAAAGUGCCAGUGCUGACGACUUUCACUAUAGCGGGUCUGGUAAAGUGCUAGUGCUUACGACUAUCACCGUCGUGAAUAUGGCAAAGUGCCAGUUUUUACGACUUUCACCAUAGUGGGUCUGGCAAAAGUAGCAGGAUCAGUAGCUAUCACUGUAGCGAGUCUGACAUAUGUGAUAUGCGUAUGGACAUAUAACAAAUACUGGGUAUGACAAACAUAGGCAGAAUGGCUAGCGCCGUGAAAAUGUCUUUCACUUAGGAUGUGCCUACGACACUCUUGUAAAAUACCAUAUACGUUGUUGUCUUUUAGUUUGUGUGUAAUGUAUGCAUUAUUUUUAGUUUUAUGACAUUGUCCGGGUCUAAAGUUGCUAUUUAACUGUAUUACGUUUGGAUUUUAAAAAAAAUACCGAGAAGAGUUAACUAGAUGAAUAUAACCUAAAAUAUGUCAUUCGCCUUGGCGUUUAAUGAUUUAGAAAUACUAUAAUUAACAACUUAUUCAAUGUAAAUAUCAGUCCAUAAACGAUUGAUUGUUUUUUAUUUAGCAGGCUACCAUUAUUAUUGACUGACAUUAUGUGAAGCUCAUUCCACUGUGUAUUCUGUUUGUUCUGACAAUCUAGUCUGUACCAUAUAUACAAUAAAAACAUGAAU